AUGGAGAGUCCUCAUGAGCACCAGCAGUCUGUGCUGCUUUCGCGUAUCAUCACCAAUGUUGAGAAACUCAAUGAGGCCGUUAUGGCUAUGAAUAAGGGUCUUCAGGAGGUCAACAUCCAGAACAUGAACGUGGAGUUGGUGGCUCAGAUGUUCAAGAACUACCAAUCCAAUGUCUUGUUUCAUCUAGAAGCUACGGAGAACCUUAAGGAACCGCAAGGUUCUGCUUGA